AUGACGUCACCUGCUUCUCGUCUGCGGGUCCAAAUCUCCGACUUGGACGCAAAGAUCGCGCUUUUAGAAGCCGAAAUUGCGACACUGCAGCACCGCAAAGCGCAGGUCCAGAGCCAGCUCGCCCAGCUGGCGUAUUCCAUACAAAGGACGAUCCCCCCGGAGAUUAUUCUGGAGGUGUUCGCGCAUGUGCUUGCGACGGUCGCGCCGUUCCCCGCCCUCAAAUAUGAGGGGUUUUCGCCGUUCUAUGCAAGCCUCACGCUGGCGAGCAUCUGCAGCGACUGGCGGAGACUGGCGCUGGCCUCACCCUGGAUGUGGAACUGCAUCACGGUUGAGCUCACUGAGGGCGAGUCAAACGACGCGCCGCCGGCUGCCUUGUUGGAACUCUUCCUGUGUCGGUCUGGGGCAGCGCCGCUGGAUAUCUACGUUUCCACGGGAAAAAAAACAUCCGAAACCACAAUCGCAGCCGUUAUCGAGCUCUUCUAUAGAUGCUCCCAGCGCUGGCGGACAUUUCAACUUUGCGUCCACCCACUGGGUUCCUUGAUGCUUUCAGCACUGCCCAAAAACCUGGCACAGCUGCAGUCCCUUUCUCUACACGGCACUAUCUGUUACCCCGAAGAUAGUGCGCCGGUCCUCGACAGGAUCUCCAGCCCACUUCUGCAGUCUCUGUACAUGUCUGUCUUCGACCCGCGACUCGCAGCAGCUUCAUUGGACCAGCUCAGCGUUGUGAGCCUGUCGCGCGCUUCGCUUAAUGGAGUGUACAUUCACGACGUUUUGCAACUCCUACUCUUUGCUCCACAGCUCGAAGUCCUAACGGUAGCCUCUGUUCUCGACCAAGACAGGCCACACCCCGAUAUGCUCCGCGCCGACUGUCUUCAUACCCUUGUAUGCAACGGCCCGAAGCUCGACAUCAUCCGUUUCGCGACGCUCCCCGCGCUCCGGUCGCUCACGCUGCGCGAAUUAACUGUGGAUCACGUGCAGCGCGAGUCGCUAGAUCGCUUCCUGCAGCGAUCAGGCUGCCGCGUGACGCACAUGCAGCUCCAAGACGUGUACGACUCGAAUAGUGUCCUGUGGCCCUGCCUGCAGUCGUUUGUCCACGUGGAAGAUCUCGUGCUGCAAUUCGCGGGCCUCGGCUGGCCACGGGGGACACUGUCGGGGCUCGGCGAGUACGCGCGGGAUAACGCCCAGCUGCUUCCUGCGCUGCGCAGGCUCACGCUACGCGGGCCGUCCAAGGAGGCCAAUCUCGAUGGGCUGGUUCGCCUGAUGGAGAACCGUGCCACCAGCGCUACGAUGAGCGACGUUCGCAAACUUGCGGUGCAUUUUCAGGCCCCGCUGGAUUUCUCGGCGGAGAUCGCGGCGCUGAAGGCGCUGGACAUCGAGGAGGUGGAGGUCAAGGAUGUGCCUUUUGAGGAGUUGCUGAGUUUAGAGUAUCCCAUGAGCUAA